ACAAGUAUCUGAUGGAUGUACGAACCGAGGGAGGGCAACGGCGGCAGAUGAGAGGGCUGGCUGGUUGGCUGACUGACUGACUGUAUGCGGCUUUGAGACUCUGAUGAACAUAUCUUUCACAACGACUGCUUAUUUCUGAUUUUACUAUGGUAGACUAAGUACACGCUCGUUUGUUCGCUCGCAAACCCGCUGGACUAAAAUAGAAAAUUUUAACGUAAAUUGUGUUUACAAAAAGCGCGUAUUUUUCGUAACUUCAAAAGUGCGACAGUUCCUCUAAUCCGGCAAAAAAAAUACAGAAUCGCAUUCAAGUGAAUCACUUAAUUCAGCCAAACAAAUAAGAAGAAAAAAAGAAAACAUUUUUUGAUAAAUAAAAAAUAAGAAAAGAACAAAUUUGUGAAACUUGUAAGUGAGAAACAUCCCAAGGUGCAACUUGCCAUUGAAAGACAGUGAUUGAAAAUUUUGGACAAUUCCAAGAACCAGACAAGCGAUAAUCAUUAUCAUUAACCAGUGCAACCGAAUCCAAUUGUUUACAUCGCCCGCUGCUACCUGUCAAGUAUUUAUGUAGUUUGUUAUUGUUGUCAACUGUUUCGAGAGUACCACCCCACUACCCAUUAAGAGAUUCAAAUUCGCAUUCGCGCAUAAAAAAGAAAGAAAGACAUAAUCAAAACAAACAAUUAACCAACAGCCAUAAACAACACAAUCGAAUCAAAUGCAAAAAGAAGAGCAGCAAUAAGAAGCAGAACAUUAUAAAUCACAACACACAAGAUCCAAUCGAAACAGCCAACCGACCACCACAUUCAUUGAUCGGUGGUAGACCAUCAAUGCGCGCCUAUGUGCCGAACAACAACAACAUCAACACCAACUAAGUGAACUAACAACAUUCAUGCUUGCUUCAACACAUUCUAAGGUACAUCGUCGUUAUACUACUAUCAUUCUACAAACCACAACAACAACAACUUCAACAGCGGCAGCAAAUCACGGAAGAACCAUCCACAACAACAUCAACAGCAACGCGUAACUGUCAACUGUUCUUCAUUCAUAAAGGAGCGAUAGCAGAAAAAAUGUCAGAAUGCAUCGUUGCUGCUAAGGUGUUACUGUUGUCAUCCCCCCGCCGUCAUCCAGCUGUUACUACUUGCCGCCGCCACAGCUACUGAGUGGUGUCGGUCUUAUAUGCAAAAUCCCAGACGAAAAACAGAAGAAGAAGUAUUGCUCACUUAUCCCAAACAACCAGAGCCACAAGAAACCAACAAAAGUGGACCAUCUUCCUAUUUUGGAUCCUCAAUAUCAGUUCGCAACGCCACAACAAAGCCUCAACGACUCGAUUGUGGAUUUAUUUAUUCGCUUCAAUCAAAUAAUGUGCACAGAGGUUAAUUCCGCCAUGGGUCUACAAGCCACAGCCGCUACCAAGCGGAAACACGAUUUAACCUUUGACUCCAAGGACACAAACACCUACACAAACUGUCCACCGCCAAUUAAAGCCACCAAAUGGUCACUAAACAACAACAACUACGCCGACGCUGCGCAAGAGCAGAAGGUUGCACAGCUCACCAAUGGCUGCAGCAAAUCGGCGAAUAACAAUAACGAAAAUAAAAACUGUCAGCUUUCCUGCAACAGUGCAUCGUCUAUUAGUCUUAGAAAUGGUAAAGAAGUUCCCAAAUCGCCAGCAGCCAGUGCGACAAUUCUAAACAAUCUAGUGGCGACUGCUUUGCCCACUGCUGCAACAGAAGCUGACAAAACCACACCCUUGCCGCCCACCUCUACAACGCCCGUGCCGGAAGACAGCAUAGCCAAACUUGAGGUGGUAGCCAAUGUAGCGUGCGAACCAUGGACGUCGACUCCCGAACCAGUUGAUUGCAUAUCCAAACUGCAAGCGGUGGCUGUGCCCAGCGAUCCAUGGGGCAGUAUUUCCACUCGGUCCACCUUGGCCACCACCCUGCUCAGUGCGGAUGAGCUAGAUGAUGACGACGAUGAUUUUGAAGAUGACUACGAGGAAGAGGAAAGUAUUAUUCCAACAUAUUGUCCGCUGAGAUACCACACAUUCCCCUCGUCAAAUUCACCAACGUCAUCCAGCCUGCAGGGCUCGCGAAUGAAUGGCAACUUCCCACCAUCGUCUGCGCAAAGCUAUGGAUCUAGGCCCAACUACUAUUCCGAACCCUUCCCACAACAGAACUGUUCCCGAACGGGUAGCCAGCCUCACAUGAGAAACAACAGUCCUAAUGGUUUUGUUUGGACCAAUGCUGGUCCUAACAACUCAUCCUUCUACGCCUCGUCCGACCCAAGCUAUAGCGCACAACAGCCACAACAACAAACCAUCCGCUGUGCAGAAAAUGGCAAAUCCUAUUUGGAAUUAGGUUGCAGCAGCCCAGCCCCCAAUUCCGGCAUCAGCUCAGUUCUUCAGCCCACUUCGCCAUUCAUGGGUGCAGCUCUCGAGGCCAGACACCCUCCCAUGAAACGGUGCUGUGAUGGGCGUGGCACCUGGUGCAGCAACAAUAAGAACUGCUACAAGGAUAUUCGACUAAAGAUACGCAACUUGUCUAUGUUCAAGUUGUCCAGGUUCCGGCAAGUGUCUGAGCAAUCGCUCCACAGAUCUGUAUUGAUCUGCAACACACUGAAGAGAAUCGAUAGGGAAAUUGAAGCUGAAGCCAAGGAGAUGCACCAAGCCACGGCCCAUGCGGCUCAACAGCAGCAGCACCAUCUGCAGCAUUCCAUUCAUCAACAGCCUCAGUAUCACCAUCACCUGCACUCUCACAUGCAAAUACAGUCGCCCGUGCACAAUGGCAAUGGUCAUCAACAGCAGUCGCUGCAGCAUCACCAUAACCAACAGCCAAUGCUGCAUCCCCAGCAUCAGGACUAUAUGCCUGUCCUAAACUGCGGCAGGCUGGGAGGAAAUGUUGAAUAUCACAACCAGCAACAACAGCAGCAGCAUCAACAAUCCAAUUCGCAAUCUUUUCACCAGCAACAGUCACAUUAUCUCUCUGAGCGAGUUAUUGACAUCUCUCAACCAUCCUUCCAAAACUCGGUACAGAAGCCUGCAACUGUCUCAGCUCAGUUCUCUCAGAGUAACAACAGUUGCGCGGUGUCUAUGUCCAAUGCCACCACAACAACGUUGCAUCCUUACGACCACUACCCGUUCCGGGAGUCUAAUUCGGGUCGUGUCACCCCUUUCCCCUGCCAAUCUGUGAUAUCAACUCCCCCGCCAUCACCUGCCUCAGCGUCUACAGCGUCAUCGUCGUCGAUGUCAUCUUCGCCAUCUCAAGCACAAUCAGUGAGCACUGGUAGUACCAGCUGUGCGACCGUCUCAUCAUCCGGCAGCUCACUAAUGUCCGAUACAGAUUCUGGUUACGCGGACGACGAAUCGACGAGAUCCAUUAAUUGGAGCUCAGUGCUGAGUCUGUCUUCACAAUCCGCCUUAGACCCCCUAAAUAAUAACGACAUAUUCUCCAUUUUACCUCCCGCCAACCCUGCUACAGCUGUUCCUGUGUCGGUGACGUCCACCGUUGUUACCGGUGACACCAGCACCUCAUCAUCAUCCUCGGUAGCCAUCAGUGGUACAUUCGCCACGGUGCAAUCCUCUGGUGCAGCAUUGUCGUGUUCCAACGCUUGCAGUAAUGCCUCGACAACACCGCCUUCCGCCACUACCACAGCAACAUUCACCACACUCUCCACUAUAUCGUCGGCGACUCAUUCUCUCACUUCUUCGUAUGCCAGCAGCAUGAAUUCCUCCUCGACCUGGGAAUAUGGUUUCCUCGACAUGGAAUUCGGUCUGGGCACUGAAUUCACCGAAUUAGCGCCCAGCUGUAAAUACUCAUCCGCCGACGAUCUGUUCAAGAACAGCCUAACACCGGUUACAUCGGCACGCUACGACAAUGACCUCGAGCAACCAGCUCACAUCAUGGUCGGCAGUUAGUAUCAGUUGUAAAUGGAAAUGCAUUAAUGUCAAAAUGGUUCCUGCUUGCACCUCUGCCCUCCACGUCCGCAACAAGUAUUUCCCCCAUGGAUAUGCCACCUCAAAGGCAAAUAGCCAUCUUAAUUUUUAAUAAACCCUGCAUAAGAAACACGCUCAGGUUGUGAAGACAUCUGUUUGUGACCGCGGUUCGGUGCUCCGCCCAUCCUGGUAAUUUCCGCCAGCCCGCCCGCUCACCAAAUAAGCACAACACCUUCGCAAAUAAGGAAGGGCUUUGAAACUUCCACACUUGGUCAAGAAAACAAAAAUGUAUUAAAUUCCUAAUUUCCUAAACUAGUAAAUUUUUAGUUUUUGUACAUAUUUAUAGAGGUACCGUUAACUUAUUUAAGAUUCCAAAAUAUUUAUACGCAUACGAGGGAAUGAACAAUAACUAUUGUACAUUGUUAGCUGCAAUCUAAGAUAUUGUUAUUAACUUAAGUCAGAUGACAUUUUUAAACCUCUCCAGCAAUUCAAUGUAAAAAAGUAUCUUUGUUUUACCACAUUCGUGAUAUGAAAAUUUAAUUCAUUUGUAUAUACAAUUUAGGCAAGUAUUUUUUAUUUUAUAAGAAAACACUAACACAUUUCAGAGAUGAAAAAGAACAAGAACAAGAGAAAAACAAAGUUUUAUGAAACAAACAAAUAUUUGGACAAAAAUUAAUUUAAAUUAAUGAAAUGAUAAAGAAAAAGAAAGAAACUCUACAUACAUUAAAAACAAAUUGUUAUAAAAUUAUAAA